AAUAGUGGUCGCCAUCUUGGUCAUGUUUAGCAAAUCUAUUCAAGAUGUUUUAUUUUUUGACAUGAUCACAUACACUUGAGCUAUUCGGACUUCUGCCUUAUAUGGAAACGCUGUAAUCUUUUCUCUGAGUAAAGAAUCCUUAUAUCAGAGUGAACCGGGGUCUUCUAUAACAGAAUAGAGUUAAAAUUCUAUGGAACAAAGGAGUCGAAUUAGACUUAUAUGCACGCAGAUAAAUGAAGAGAUGGAAAAGGAAACCUGAUAUCUGAUCAUUUAUUGACCUGAGGAAUUAAAUUUUAUGUUGGAACUGUUCAGUUAUUAUAAGACCUAGUGAAUUCACAAUGUCCGGGAGUGGCAGACCCACAAACCCGCAUGGGCUGAAGCAGAUUGGCCUUGAUCAGAUUUGGGAUGAUUUGAAGGAAGGAAUAAAAAAUGUCUACAGUCGACAGAGCAUGCCUAAAACCAGAUACAUGGAGCUUUACACUCAUGUGUAUAACUAUUGUACCAGUGUCCACCAGUCCAGCCCCAGUGGACAGAGACAGUCCCGAAUGCCGACCAGUCGGCGUGGCGGCCCAAACCAACCAACAGGUGGUGCACAAUUUGUAGGGCUGGAACUGUACAAGCGACUUAAAGAAUUCCUGAAGCAGUAUUUGGUCAAUCUUUUAACAGACGGCCAGGAUUUGCUGGAUGAACAAGUUUUGUCAUUCUAUACAAAGCAAUGGGAGGACUACCAGUUCUCGAGCCGUGUUCUGAAUGGCGUAUGUGCAUACCUAAAUCGUCACUGGGUUAGACGAGAGUGUGAUGAGGGCACAAAGGGCAUCUAUGAAAUUUACUCUCUGGCAUUAAUUACCUGGAGGGAACAUUUAUUCCGGCCAUUGAACAAACAAGUAACAAAUGCAGUCCUGAAGCUGAUUGAGAAGGAAAGAAAUGGGGAGACAAUCAAUACCAGACUCGUUAGUGGUGUCAUUAACUGCUAUGUUGAGCUGGGGCUGAACGAGGAUGACCCCACCAGUAAAGGCCCCACCCUGGGAGUCUACAAGGAACACUUCGAAACCCCAUUCUUGGAAGACACAGAGCGGUACUACACAAGAGAGAGUACCGAGUUCUUACGACAGAACCCAGUCACAGAAUAUAUGAAAAAGGAGGAAGCACGAUUGAUGGAAGAGCAGAAGCGAGUACAGCUGUACCUGCACGAAAGCACACAGGAUAUAUUGGCUAAGAAGUGCGAGAAGGUGAUGAUUGAAAAACACCUGGAGAUCUUCCAUUUUGAGUUUCAACACUUACUGGAUGAUGACAAAAAUGAAGACCUUGGUCGGAUGUACCAGUUGGUUUCCAGGAUUCAGGAUGGAUUAGGGCAGCUUAAAAGCUUGCUGGAAACUCACAUCUACAACCAGGGGAUCGCAGCCAUCGACAAAUGUGGGGACUCAGCCCUCAAUGAUCCUAAGAUGUAUGUUCAGACCAUACUUGAUGUGCACAAGAAAUACCACGCCCUCGUUAUGACAGCCUUCAGUAAUGAUGCUGGAUUUGUGGCAGCUCUUGACAAGGCUUGUGGAAGGUUUAUAAAUUGUAACUCAGUGACAAAAAUGGCAAACUCGUCCAGUAAAUCUCCUGAGCUUCUGGCUAGAUAUUGUGAUCUGUUGUUAAAGAAAAGUUCCAAGAAUCCAGAGGAAGCAGAAUUAGAGGACACUCUUAAUCAAGUGAUGAUUGUGUUCAAGUACAUUGAGGAUAAAGAUGUGUUCCAGAAAUUCUACAGUAAGAUGUUGGCCAAGCGCUUGGUCCAGCACAUGUCGGCCAGCGACGAUGCCGAAGCCAGCAUGAUCUCAAAGCUGAAGCAAGCUUGCGGAUUCGAGUAUACGUCCAAACUCCAGAGAAUGUUCCAGGAUGUUAGCGUCAGCAAGGAGCUGAAUGACCAGUUCAGGGAACAUCUCAAAAAGACCUCAGAAGAGCCGCUGGAUAUUGACUUCAGCAUCCAAGUGUUGAGCUCUGGGUCGUGGCCAUUUCAGCAAUCCUGUGACUGUACUUUUGUUCUUCCUCAAGAGCUUGAGAGAAGUUUCCAGCGGUUUACAUGUUUUUAUAACAAUCGACACAGUGGACGCAAGCUGAACUGGCUGUACCAUCAUUCCAAGGGGGAGGUGGUCACUCACUGCUUCAAGAACCGCUACACGUUACAGGCAUCAACAUAUCAAAUGGCUGUGUUGUUGCAGUACAACACGGUGAACAAACUGACAAUGCAACAGUUGGAGGAGACAACCCAGCUGAAAACUGAGACACUGCUUCAGGUAUUACAGAUUUUAUUAAAAGUUAAAUUACUGGUGUGUGACGAUGAUGAGAAUGACCUUCGACCUUCAUCCGCACUCGAACUGUUCUUUGGAUACAAAAAUAAAAAGUUACGUGUGAACAUCAAUGUGCCUCUAAAAACAGAAGUGAAAUUGGAACAAGAGACAACACACAAACACAUAGAAGAGGACAGAAAAUUACUUAUACAGGCUGCUAUUGUGCGUAUUAUGAAAAUGAGGAAGGUUUUAAAACACCAACAGUUAUUGGCCGAGGUUCUUAAUCAGCUUUCCUCCCGAUUCAAACCCAGAGUACCUGUAAUAAAGAAAUGCAUAGACAUUUUGAUCGAGAAGGAGUAUUUGGAACGAGUGGAAGGGCAAAAAGAUACAUAUAGCUACCUGGCAUGAGUUGCGUUUGUUAGAAAUCUUCAUCGUGUUACCUGGCUGGAGCAGCCCAGGCGAUUCACUGACAACAAGUUAACAAUAUCGCCCAGAGCUAUCACACGACACUCCAGUGACCUGGAUUUCUGUGACAGAAAGGUCACAACAUUCUAUCAUUCUUUCUGGGGUUUGUUUUUUUUAUUCCACAGAGGGAAAAAUUUAAUAUUUUCGUUUUCUGGAGAAUGUUGGAGGAUUAUGCCAUUUAUGUACAAAGAAAUUUUAUUUAUUGACUGAGAAAAUCUGUGUUUAUACUUUGUAAUGACGCUAGACAGUUCUGGUAGAUUGGUGCAGAUCUGAGUCGGGGAGGUUUCUGUCCAGAAAAACUGCAAAAUCAACAAGUGCUUGCCACAGGAACUUAUCAACUGUGCAUUAAUUAAAGUCAGUGCAUUAAUAUGUAAUUUGUAUUUUGUUCGUCAAAAAGACUGGACAGAAUUUUGUUGAUAUAAUUCCUCAUUUUAACGAUAGUUGAUAUAGCAUAUUGUUUUUAAAGCAUGUUUGAUAAGUAAGAAUUUAUUAUGUGCAUUGACUUGUGAUAUUUCGCGUGCAGAUUAGUGUUUAUAUAUUUGUGUGUCAGACAUGAAGCUCAUACAUACAGCAACAGAUGAAGACAAGGAAGUCUGAUGUCACACUACCCGAGUUAUUUCUGUGAUUUUUUUUUUUUUGAGGGGGUGCAAGGUAAAAUAUGUGUGACCAAAUGUUCAUUACCAUAAUGUUGGAAUGAUGAUUUUAUUUCUCUGUUUCGUGAAUUGAGGAUAAAAGAAGAUAUUUGUGAGACUUUCAAAGUUCUGUCUGUUAUCAUGAUUACUACAGUUACAUUUGUAGACGGAAUUCGUGCAUUGUUAGAAUUCUUUAGGUCUUGCGAAAAUAUAAAUCUCAUCUUAAGGAGGAAUAACACAAUGUCAUAAUGGCGACUUCCUUUUGAAACAUAAAUGAAAAUGUAAAUAUCAGCAACACUUGUAUAUUCCUGUUAAAUCUAAAUGCCUAGCUGGGUAACUCAUUAGGUUAAAGUGUCAACUGCUGAUCGGUAGAUCGUAGGUUCGAGUCUAGCAGAGAUUUUCAAUUUUUUUUUCAGAUUACUUUCCACUAAAACCGCAAUUUUUUUAACUAAAGAAGGUAAAUUUGAAAGUUUUCAAAUUCAGAAUAUUAUUGUACUGCAGUACAUAUCCUUCUUUUUCCAUUCUUAUCGGAUUUCUCUGGUGUGUCAUUCCUCCUUAAGGACUUUGUCACAAAUAUAUUAUAAUAGUCUUCAUGACAGUAACAGACACACACACACACACCUUAAAACUUUCUGACUUGUCAGUGUUUAUCAUGCAAGACCAUUUAUGAUUAAUUGCAAACAUUUUAUUGAAGUAUGUAUAAAAGAAAUAUAGGGGAAAAUAGUCAAUACAAUAAUCAACUUCUUACACUUAUACCCAGGUCAGAGAGAGAAAAUGCCUUCAACUUGAAUUUUAAAUUUGAUGACGAUUUAACUUUUUCUUUUUUUUUUUUUUCUUUACCUGUAGUUUUAUAAAUGCACAUAAGUAUAUUGAAGGAAUAUCGCAAUUGAGUGUUUGAUGUUUUGGUAAGAAAAAUUAAAUUGUUACUUUAAUUCUGAAACAUUUCUGUUUCACAUGGGGAACAUUAGAAUAGAUUUUUUAAAAAUAUUUGUUUGCACACACAAUAUGUAUUAAGUACGACAGUGAAAAAGAUGGGCGUGUUCCGUGAGAAGUGUGGGCGUGUCUGUGUCCCUUUGUUUUUAUAUGUUCAUGCAUGUCUCCACCAAACAUAAAAUGUUUCUGAGAGGCUGACUUAGUGCAGCCAUUAAUGUGACGUAACAGUUGACAACACUUUAUAUUUAAGUUCACAUGUUCUCACGAGACUAAAUUAUUAUCUCGACAGGUAAAGAUUAUCUCUGAUCAAAUUGCAUGACUUCAUCCAUAAAUACUGUUUCUCUUUGAGAGAUGGGAAAAUUUAUUUUGUCGGUUCUAAAUGAGAAUACAUGUAAUCUUUGUGUCAGCACUGAAUUGUGUCAUAAUUUGUUGAUCUGUUACAAUUUUUCAUGUUCUCGGAGACGGAAGUAAAUGCGGAAUGAUGAAUUAGGAUAUCGCUGAGAACGAAUUGCAUUAUAUAGAACGACGUCAAUAAAGUAUUGGCUUCUA